GUCUCCCGGCGCCGGCCUUCCACCCGGGGGUCAGGACUCGCGCUCCAGCGGCCAGGGGUCCCCGCCGCCACGCCGCCCCUCGCGGCGCGCGCAGACUGCUGCUGGUCAUUGUUCUCGUUGCCCGAUGCGGGUGCUUUGUGAAGGCUGCCAAGCCGUGGUGGGCUCUUUUUAUCCUGUUAUUCAAAGAAAAGGCCUGGAAGGCUGACCCCGGACAUCCCACCCCCUGGAUCCUCACUUCAGGGAUGCCAGUGGGAAAGAAGGUGACCACAGGUGGCAGCAGCAGUGCUGCCCCGACUGCCGCUGCCACAGCCACAGCCACCAGCGCUGCCCCUUCUGGGGUCAAGCGCUUGGAGACCAGUGAAGGGGCUUCAGCCCAGAGAGACGAUGAGCCAGAGGAGGAAGGGGAAGAGGACCUGCGAGAUGGAGGCGUCCCUUUCUUCGUCAACCGGGGUGGGCUCCCCAUCGAUGAGGCCACCUGGGAACGGAUGUGGAAGCACGUCGCCAAGAUCCACCCCGAUGGAGAGAAGGUGGCGCAGCGGAUCCGUGGAGCCACGGACCUGCCCAAGAUUCCCAUACCGAGUGUGCCUACUUUCCAGCCGUCUAUGCCAGUCCCUGAGCGUCUGGAAGCCGUGCAGCGCUACAUCAGGGAGCUGCACAGGUACAAUCACACAGGGACGCAGUUCUUUGAAAUUAAGAAGAGCAGACCUCUGACAGGGCUGAUGGACCUGGCCAAGGAAAUGACCAAAGAGGCUCUGCCAAUCAAAUGCCUGGAAGCCGUGAUCCUGGGAAUUUACCUCACCAACAGCAUGCCCACCCUGGAACGCUUCCCCAUCAGCUUCAAGACCUACUUCUCAGGGAACUACUUCCACCACAUUGUGCUGGGGGUGAACUUCGGGGGCCGCUACGGCGCCCUGGGCAUGAGCCGGCGCGAGGACCUGAUGUACAAGCCACCAGCCUUCCGCACACUCAGCGAGCUCGUGCUGGACUACGAGGCCGCCUACGGUCGCUGCUGGCACGUGCUGAAGAAGGUGAAGCUGGGCCAGUGCGUGUCACAUGACCCGCACAGCGUGGAGCAGAUUGAGUGGAAGCACUCAGUCCUGGACGUGGAGCGGCUGGGCCGAGAGGACUUCCGCAAAGAACUGGAGCGCCAUGCCCGAGACAUGCGCCUCAAGAUUGGCAAAGGAACGGGCCCUCCCUCUCCCACCAAGGACCGGAAGAGGGAUGUUUCCUCCCCACAGCGGGCGCAGUCCAGCCCCCACCGCAGGAACAGUCGCAGUGAAAGACGGCCCUCGGGUGAGAAGAAGCCUUCAGAGCCCAAAGCCAUGCCAGACCUCAAUGGGUACCAGAUCCGAGUGUGAGGGUGAAAGCUAGCACCCCCAGCCUCCUGCUUCUAGAGACCAGGACCCACUUGCUGGAACUAGCUGUGCUCGCACUGUUGGGCAGGGUGCGAGGGACCACAGGAAGGGUGUGUGGCAGCUCAGCCUCAUGCUGCUCCCCUCCCACUGAGCCAAGGCCCUAACUUUGGGCCAAGAGGCAGUAUUUUGCUUGGGGUGUUUAGCAGUGAAGUUUAAGAUGUUUGGGGAUAAAAAGACACAUGGAUGUGCUGGUAGCCAGAAGGGCACUGUGUAAAGAACUGAGAGCCAUGGGGCUGAGGGAGGACAGCUUGGUACUGCAGCCUUAGCACCUCUCUGGGAUUUGAGUGUCCUAUGGGCUAUUUCUGGGUCCCACCAGCCUGUGGGAGGGUCUGGGGUGGGGGGGUUGAGGUAUUUUUCCAAUUAGGCAGAUGCUCUGGCAGAAUCUUGACCCAGGGAAAGGGAAGCAGGGUAGGAAUCAUCCUGACAAAAGUCUGUGUAGGUCUUAAUCAGGAGCUUGGUGCAAGCCUCAUCUGCUCAAGAGUAGGGAGACGGCCCAAGCCAUGGUAGCCACAUAAGCAGUACUGAGCCUGCCUAUGCUACAGCCAGCAGGGGGCUGGGCUGUAGAAAAGCUGGGAGAGGACCCUGGGUGAGGGGGUCCCAGAUCCCUAACAAGGUCUGCUGGCUCAUCCCACUCUUGCCUGUUGCAGCAGCCUAGGGGGCUCCCUGCAGAGGGUUUAGGCUUUGCAGAAAACUGGGUAAUGGGGCCAGCACUGGGGGUUGAGCAGACAGAACAGUUUGGGAGCUGUGGCUGGACACAGGAUGAUGGGGUGGGACCCUCAGGCCUGGGUCUUUCUCCCAGCAGUGCCAGGAGUGUCCCCUGCUGCUUCCUCUUCUAGAUACCUCUGCCCGAGACCCACUGCCCUGCAUAAGCAACCCAUUUAGGAUGGGGUUACAGUGAAGGUUAGGCCCACCAUGUUUGGCACUUUGGAGCCCUAUGGGGGAGAGCUGGAACAAAUGGAGUCAUUCACGUCCUGCCCAUCAGGCAAGAGCUCCCUGGUGGGGGAAAGUGAGAGGAUGUAGAGAUUGGCAAGCUCAAGGAAAGGUUCUGGGGUUCAGUUAACAGGGACGUGUAGGGCAGGGGUGCAGUGUGGCCACCCCGGAGAACAGAGCCUGAGAACUGGGGAUGUAAGUGAGGAAGGGAUGUGGAGCGGGGCUAGGAUCAGGAGGCCUUGGGAGGAGUGAGUUCCCAGCAGCAUAGAAGGCUACUUGUCAGGAAGUGGGAGGAUUCAGGUUGAAGGCAGCUGGAUGAGGUGGCCAUUAAGGGUUUUACUUUACCAGGAGGCUGUGAGUCAGUCAGGACCCUGUCAGUAAGGCUGCAGGGGGACCGGCGGCCUGGAUAAGGGACUGGAGGCCUGGAUAAGGGACCAGAACUAAGACUGUAAACUCAAAUGCCUACAGGGCCCACAAGUGAUCAAGAGGUGGGUGGCAGGGCUGGGCGGGGACUGUGGCACACUCAAGAGGGCAUACCCCAUUAAAGGGGCUGCCAUCUCUCAGUUCCAGGCCCUGUGCAGCCAGAUUGUCUGGUUUUUCAAAAGCCAAAACUCUGCAUUUGUAUGAAAUCUGACUUUCAAGGGUUGAUGAUUUAUUUUUAAAAAUGUGAAAACCCAGUAUAGGUAAAAGAAUGCCAGUGUGCAAUCUGUGGUGUAGAGAGCCUGUGCUGGGAGGAGUCCGCUGCGAUGCUGUGUAGCGGAAAGUGACAGUUCUGAGCUCCCCAGAGUCAAGGGGGGUCCCUGGCAGCUGAGGCUCCCAGAGUGGCAGAAAUGGUCCAGCUUUCCUCAUACCGGGAGAUGGCUGGGCCUGGGAGCAGAGGAAGGAGGAAGGACGCCUUUGCUGAUGAGAGUGCUUGCAGGGAAGGCACCGGAGGCUGGCAGGCAGCUCCUCAGACCAGCAGCCCUUGGCCCAGAGCCAGGCCCAGUAGGGCUAGCCAGAGCCACCCUGGGAGGCCCGCUGGUCAGUCCCUUAUCUCAGCCAGUUUGAGGAGUCAGUGGGCCCUGGGAAGGUACCUAACCUGCCCUGAGGCUGCACCCUGGCCAGAACAAUGAGGGUCAUGGUGAGCUGAGUCACUAUCCCAUCUCAGCUUGCAGAGUGGUCCCUUUUCCCACAUUUACACAGGACAGAUGGCCACCUUCAGAGCUCCUUUCUGGUUCUGGUUCUGGUUCUGGUUCUGGUUGCAGCUGCUCAUCCACAGGCAGGCUGUGGGAACUUCCAGGAAGUGACAGGGUAUGGAGAGAAACGAGGAGGAGCCAGCAGGUGGAAUCAGUGGACAUGGAGGCGGCUGUUCCUGGUCCCAGAGCCCCCGGGGCUGCCCUAGGCUCCUGAGCCGUGGGAGAAGGAAGCAGAGUGGAGCCCUAACCCUGCUCGCUGUCUGGGGAGGAAGCUGACCCUCGCUGUAACCCCCGGGCGCUCACCCUUCCUGAGCUGAGACCUCAGGCCUGUGGAGGCCACCACAGGCCACAGCGGUGCUUUUUAAUUUAUUUUUAACUGUUUCUCAUAUGUAGCAACCCUCCUCCACUCCUGGGCUGUUUACACGGGCUCUGCUCUCGGGCUGGCCUGGCUGCGAGGUUUCUGGGGAGGCAGAGAGGCAGGGACUUUGGGGCUUUAGUCACCACCCAUGGUAUCACCUCAUCUCACUUCCUGUGAGGGACAGAGGCCUGGCUGAUGGGACCCCGCUCCCCGUGACUCGGGACUGCCUUCAAGCUCCUCUUCCCCUGGGGUGGGGACUGCUGGCUGAGUAGGAGUCAAGGUGAGGUCAGAGAAAGCUGCUGGUAGAGGUGGCCAGGGUAGUGGGUAUUGCAGGGUCUUGCCAAAGCUUGGCUCCCUGUGCCGGGUGUCGGGGUCAGAACACUGGGAAGCUGGCUCCAGCGAGCCUUCCCCUCUGCCUGACUGCCAGUCCUCUCCCUCCAUGGCCUCACACUCAUCCGUCAUGCCAGCCACCCCAUCCUUACACAGGCAUGGCCAAGUGUGGAAAGCAGCAGCACUCUGGUCCCUGUGGGCAAUGAUACAGCGUAGGGCCACGGUACCAAGGAGCACAAAGAGCGCAGAAGUUGACUGAUUUCUAGCCCUUUUGUCAUCUCAGGCUCUGCUUCUUCCAGCUUGGGCUUGACUUUGGCUCCGGGAGUCAAUGAAACUCUAGCUGGUAGAGUGCCCAGAGGCCCACGUGCGUGUAUACCUGCUUUCCUGCCUGGGGUGCAUACUGGCUUAGCUGCGGCAGCAUCACUGGCCUGCCCUCUGCCUUGUGUCCCUGACCGUGGGAUGCAGGAUGGUCAUGCUGCACCCAUUUGCUGAUGGUGUAAAGGGCAGAUGGCAUGCUCUGGAGGGGUGGGGGUCUGCUCUGCCAGGUACCACAGCUUCCUACCCGCUUCCCCAGGCAGGCAGGACUGCCACGGUGCUAGCUGCAGGGCCCUCAUUGUGACCACCUCGGUGCUCCAGGGUCUCCAGUUGCCUAUUUUCAAGUCUGACAAGAGAGGAGAGAUCUGGGUGUUCUUGGCCAUGGCCUGGUGAUGAUGGACAACUCCCCCCGACACACAGCUUUGUGUUUGGCUAUUGUGUUGUCCUAGACAUUUUCCCUGUCCUCAUAUCAGUAUUUGCCCCUCCCUUUCACUCUCACAUUUUGUUUCAUUCCUGUCCUUACUUUCCCCCUGAAUGAAUAAAGUCUCUCCAGCUCCAGCUGUGUGGGCUGGACAGAAAUCACAACAUGAA